CCCUAGUGCAACAAUCUCAUCUCCAUCGAGACAAUAUUAUCCACAAAUCCAUUGUUAUUUCACAUUUUUUCAUCUGAUGGAAAUUAUUUUUCGCUGAUUGUUGACGGCUAUUUACCAUGACGAUCUGAGAAAUUUUCCAACUCCGGGGUCACAAGACCCAAGGAGGAUUUAUCGAGAUGGGGCUUUACGCGGCGGGGGUUGCUGGGAUAGGCGUCUUCUACGGGGCUGUCCUGAGUAUUAGUGUCUGGGCCGCGGCCUCGAAGCGCAAAAAAAUCCACGGAAAAUCCCUGGACGACUUGAUCCUCGCGAACCGCGGCCUGGGCUUACUCCUGGGAACCUUCACACUCGUUGCGACAUGGGUUGGCGGUGUAUUCGUCCACGGCACCGCGGAAUCAAUGUUCACCAGGGGAUUGGUCUGGUGCCAGGUUCCAAUCGGCUACAGUCUCAGUCUCCUCCUGGGUGGCCUGAUCUUUGUUAAACCCAUGAGAAAAUCCGAGUACGUGACGAUGCUGGAUCCAUUUCAACAGAGAUAUGGCGCCAAGCUCGGGGGGUUGCUCUUCCUCCCAGCUCUCAUCGGUGAUGUUUUAUGGUCAGCGGCUGUACUCAAAGCACUCGCUAAUACUUUGAGUGUUGUCGCAGGAAUUGAUGGGAAAUUCAGUGUCGGGGCCUCUGCUCUGAUGCUCAUCGUAUACACUAUUUUUGGUGGUAUGUAUUCACCAGCCUCGGCAGAUGCUCUCCAGUUGGCCUGCAUAACGCUUGGUUUAGCAAUUAGCACUCCGUACGCGAUGUUGAAUCCAGCGGUGUCGUUAGAGAGAAACUUGGGGCGAAAAGAUUGGCUGGGUGAAGUGCAAACUGGAGAUCUUGCCGAGUGGAUAGACGGAAUGUUCCUUCUAAUGUUCGGUGGGAUACCCUGGCAGAGUUUUUUCCAACGCAUCGCCAAUAUAAAAAAUAUCUCCCUGGCUAAAACAGCAUCGGUGAGCUCAAUGAUUUGCUGCCUCGUGGUUGCUUUACCCUCGGCAAUGAUUGGACUUGUCGCAAGAGGAACAGAUUGGUCUCUCAUUGAUGGAUUCAAUCGGACAAUAUCAUUUCCGAGUCUCGAUGGGGGCUCCAUUUUACCAAUUGUCUUGAAACACCUGACACCCCAAUGGGUAGCGUUUGUCGGUUUAGGUACAAUAUCAGUGACUAUUCUCGCCUCAGCAAAUUCCAGUGUUCUAUCCAGCAGCAGCAUGUUCACCAGGAAUAUUUACAGAAUGGCAAUUAGACCGAAGGCUUCUGAGAGAGAGAUUGGAUGGAUUCUGCGGAUUACUUUGCUCAUGAUGACGGCCAUUGCUGCGGGGGUCGCCCUCACAGCCCGAAGUAUUUAUUAUCUCUCAUUUUUGUCAUCGGAUUUAGUUUAUGUCGUUCUAUUUCCACAACUCCUGGCAGUUGUCCACUGGCCCUCGUACGUAGAUGCCUACGGAUGUCUCGCGGGUUAUCUGACAUCUCUGAGCCUUAGAAUCGGAGGUGGAGAGACUGCCCUGGGGCUUCCUCCCCUCAUCCGCUACCCUUACUUCGACCCCAAGACUCAGAGCCAAAAAUUUCCAUUCAGAACUGCAUCCAUGCUGUCCGCAAUUAUGGUAUCUCUCCUGGUGAGUGCCAUCACGAGGGGUCUCUUCGGGGGUGGGAAGGACACCUGCCCCAGGUGUUGUGACUUCCUGGGGAUUUACACCAGUAGUAAAUCCAAGGAGCAGGGAGUCGCCCAGAGCAGCUCCGGAGCUGCUCUCCUCCUCAUCGACUCAGCGAUGCACGAGAGUUCAGCGGGUAGAGACUCAACAGACAGUCAGGACUCGACAGAUCGUCCGAGUUACGAGGACUCGCACUCAGAGGAGACAAAUACCCAUUACGGUAGCUUUGCUGAUCGUCCAGAUUUCACCCUGAGACGUGGAAUGAGUGUCCACAAUACCCCAGUAUCACGAAUAAAUCGUCAAUUUCCGAAGAACGUCACCCAGACACCAGGUCGUAAUCGCGUUCAACACUCCCACCAUCUCAACAACGUCGACGGCCAAAUUCUAGGCGUCAGAAAUUUAGCUGCAACACCACUGGGUCAAGUACUAAUGUCCAACGAGGCACAAACCAAUGCCAUCAGACUCACAAAUACGAAUGCAGUGUGCGCAACACCCUCGCAAACUUAUAAUCAUACUUACGGUAAAUUGACCAACAUUGAGAAAGCCAGGGAGAUCGAACGAAUCGCUGAUAGAAGCUCGCUGGAACUCAAUCUCAAUCUCAAUCUCAACGUGCAGGAAACACCUGGGGGCAUUGUAAAGAAGAACGUUGUGGGUGUUAAACUCGUUGGCAUGGAUGGACCCACUGCUUUGAGGAGACCAUCUCAUGGCACAUUCUCGCCGACACCUUCAGUGGAGUUAGUCCACAUCCUGGACCGUCGCCAGAGCGGUGGAUCGUACGGUCCGACGUCGUUAUCACCUGUGCCAGGACUGGAGGCCUGCAAGAUCCAUGGAACAGCUGUUGGUGGUUCUGGGAAUGAGCACUGCAGGAUAAAACGAGGAAUCGUGAGACAUCACAGCUUCAACGAGACAGGGGACAGAACCCUGACGACACUAGCUCGACAGCCCGCCUACCCCUCGAUGCCCCUGAGGACAGACGAGUGCAAGAUGACACUCAAGAAGGACAAGAAGUCCAAUGGAACGAUAGCCCGCCAUUCCUCGGUUGCUGAUGAGAAGAGCCCAUGUGGCAGGGGAUUAGUCCUCAGUCCCACCUACAGCAUGUACGGUUCAGCUGUAACCACUGGUAAUUACUUCGUCAGCGACGACGAGGCGAUCAGCAGAUUUUAAUUACAUCGAAGACAGGACACCGACGACCAUUCGAAGGUAGGAAAAAAUGAAAUUCAAUGGCCGGGAUAGGUAUUUCCCAAUUUUAUGUGCAAUCUAACUCUCUUCCCGAUACUUUGAGCGUUAAAUUUCUUUUUUUCCCUAGAAAUUAAUUUAGUCUUUGUGUACAGAUACUCCAUGGAGAAUAGAAAAAAUAAAUUAAUACGUAGGAUGAACGAUAAAUUUGUAUUGUAAAGAUAAUCAAACGGAUGGAGAACGGUUUUUCUAGUUGGAGGAGAAAUUAUGAAACACGCGUUGUGUCAAACGAGAACGUCCAAAAAAAAAAAGAAAGAAUGAAGAUAAUAAUCAAUCGAUAUACAAUAUUUUUGCACUGAGGCAGUAACUGUACAAAAUUGAAUAGCGUUAAUUUCGAUGGCAUUUACACAACACCUAGUCGAAAUAAAAAAUGAGUGAAUAAUGUAUUCGUGGUAAUCCGGUAGAAAUAUCACGUAAUUUGUAUUUAUAGCUGUAAUCCUCAAGCUCAAUGUAUGAUAGCCAAAUUAUAGAGAGGGAGACCAAUGUUAAUUAACACAGACAAAACAGUUUCAGCCCAUAAUUGUACAUUCUCCGCACUUCGUGUUCACUCCAUUAACAUUGAAUAUAAAAAAAUAAUUUGGAAUUGCUAUUUGAUAUUUCUGUGGCAUCUUGCAUAAUUCAUUGUUCAUACGACCAACAGAAUUCAAAUAAUUGAAUGAAUCCAAAAGACUUGAUACCAAAUUGAACAAAAAUCUGAUCAAUAACAUUGUGCAAUACUACCUCCUCUCCUUUUAUGUACUUUCGUAUUCAAGAGUUGAAUGGGAAAGACAUCUGCGACCUGUGCCAGUAUUACUCUAGAAUUAAGACUGAGACAAAUAAAAAAUGAUCUCAACGGUAAUUUAAAUAAAUUCAAUUCACUGAAACAUUAGGAUAAAUUAGAGAACGUUACGAAAUUAAUUAUUAUGCAGUAGAACUGGAUUAAUCCGUGGAGAUGAAUUCGAAAUUGAAUUUCAAAUGAAGUUGAAUUAAAUUUUGUUCUAAUGGCUGUUCUCCGACAA